CAUCAGAAUUACUGUUAGAAAUAUAUAGUUUGGGCAUAUCUAUCGCUUAUAGAUUAAGUUACCAACUUACUAUAAGUUAUCUAGCUCUCACCUUUUAUAUUCAUUCCCCCAAGUCAAACAUAUCCAUGGCAAGGGAUCGAAGUUCUGUAUUCAGCUUUCGAUAUUUCUGCUACCUCAUUAUCAUCUUUUCCAUUUGCUCUAUCAUGUUAUAUCCCUCUUGGAAUCAUUGCUGCAGCCAGUGUUAUUCACCUUACCAAAUGAUAGUACCAAAGAAAAACCAACCAAUUAACCUCCUUUCAUACCCUUUUGCUUGGAACCACCUUAACUUUCCCUCAGAUCCACCUGCAAAGUUUCUUAAGAUUGCACUUUUUGUGAGGAAAUGGCCACAGAGAUCUCAUGCUGGGGGGCUUGAACGCCAUGCUCAGACACUCCACCUAGCCCUUGCCAAAAGAGGUCAUGAACUUCACAUUUUCACUUCUUCAGAUCCCUCUUUCUCGAACCAUUCAAUAUUGGUGGACAACUUGCAUUUUCACUUCUCCAAGCCAACACCAGCUGGUUACCUUGACCAAGCUUUAAUCUGGGAGCAGUUUCAAGGACAGAACUCAACAGGUAAACCAUUUGACAUUGUGCACACCGAGAGUGUUGGACUUAGGCAUACCCGAUCUCGAUUUGUAGCUAAUCUGGCUGUAUCUUGGCAUGGGAUUGCAUAUGAGACCAUUCAUUCUGACAUCAUUCAAGAGCUUCUAAGAACACCCCAGGAACCAGAGUCAAAUGCUGCAGCAGUGCUGAAAGAAAGAGCUAUGAAUAAGGUUGUUGAAGAGGUCAAGUUCUUUCCGAGAUAUGCGCAUCAUGUUGCAACUAGUGAUCACGCUGGGGAUAUCCUAAAGAGGGUGUACAUGAUUCCAGAAGAAAGGGUCCAUAUCAUUCUUAAUGGUGUAGACCAACAAGUUUUCAAGCCAGAUGUUUCCAAGGGAAAGGAGUUCAAGCAGAGGCAUGGAAUUCCAGAUUCUAAGUCAUUUGUCAUAGGUUUGGCAGGGAGGUUGGUCAGGGACAAGGGGCACCCGUUGAUGUUUGAAGCUUUGAAGCAGUUAAUUGCAGAAAAUAGCACAUUCCAAGAGAGUAGCAUGGUUUUGGUUGCUGGAGAUGGCCCUUGGGCUGCAAGAUACAGAGAACUUGGGGCUAAUAAUAUAUUCGUUUUGGGACCCCUUGAACAAGCUGAACUGGCCUCAUUUUACAAUGCUAUUGAUAUUUUUGUAAACCCCACUUUGCGAGCACAAGGUUUAGAUCACACUCUGUUGGAAGCCAUGCUAAGUGGUAAGCCAGUAAUGGGUACAAGGCUUGCUAGCAUUUCAGGGUCUGUAAUUGUUAGCACUGAGAUGGGUUAUACAUUUUCACCAACAGUGAGUGCUCUUAAGAAGGCCAUGUAUGAGUUAUGGAUUGGUGGCAGGGAUGUUCUGUACAAGAAAGGUCAAGUUGCUAGACAGAGAGGCUUGCAAUUGUUUACAGCUACAAAGAUGGUAGCCUCUUAUGAAAGACUUUUUCUUUGCAUAUCAAGUGCAAAGCAUGAAGAGCAGUUCUGUAAAUACCAACCUUCGAUUUAAUUUUGUGAAGGUUGGUAAUUUACAUACUCGCAGGGAAUGGUCGAGUGAAGCAUAACCUCAUAUAUAACUCAAACGUUGCAGUUUCUAGCCUUCCCUAACGCUUUUGUGAAGUGAGGAAAAUGUAUUUGAGUGAUUAGCCACCAUCCCUCACUUUAAUUUUUUUUUAUCUAACAAAUAUUAAAUUAAUUGCAGCAAAAAAAAAGGGGGCUUAGCGUGUAGUUUUAGCAAGUGUUGUUUGAAUUCAAACAAAUUUAACAUUAUAUUAAGUCAUUAAGUAAGUAGUCCACAUGCUUUCACAAUAUCUUAAUUCUUAAGCUAGUUCACAGUUUAGCACCUAGGAAACUUGCAAAAACCAUGUAUGUUAUACGUUUGGGGAAUAUAACUACUUGUAUGGUA